AUGGAUGACUUUGGGAUGUUCAAUAUACCGGUCAUGAGCGUGGACCACUAUCAGGCGCUCGGCUUGAAACGCGAAAACGACCCUAAUAUUGACGACAUCCAGAAUGCUUACCGACAUUUGGCACUGCAAUGGCACCCAGAACGCAACAAGGGCACUGCUAAACGCGAAACCGCGGCUUUAAAGUUUAUCGAGAUCAACGAGGCCUACAAGGUCCUUAUGGACAAGAAGAUGCGGGAAAGUAAAGAAGCCGCAAAAGGUAAAAAGUCCAAGAAAGAUGAACGCGCGAUGAGCCCUUCGGCGGAUUCGAUGAACCCCGACGGGCGCUCGAGAAGUCGUCCAAGGUGGUCUGCGGCUGCACUAAUGUCUCGAGCGCAACAAAACGCAACGCCUGAUAUCAUGGUUAGCGGCGCCGAUGAACACAAGGACGAUGGAGACAGACAAUCAGCCCGCGAGAGUUUUGAAGCGCCAAGAGUCAGCAUGGCGCCCAGCCACACCCCUGCUCCGGCCCGAUCCACCUUUGCCAGUCCUCCUCCACCUUCACUCUCCGGAUCCCAACUCGGACCGUGGCACUCGGCGUCGCAGCUAGGUCCCCAACAUACAGGCCGGUCUCGUUCCCGCUCGCCAGGCCCCCGUACGUUGGCUCAUUCACGCGAACCAUCCCCGGCCCCCACGCCGAUCCAAGGUCGAACGGGUCCAGAAACGCCAAUUACAGCACCAACCCCAACACGCGUUUACCCUGAGAACUCACGUGCCAGUUACAACACUGUGCGAUCACCACCAGCUGUAUAUUCCCUGGACCAAGACGUACGACUGCCACGCUACCUGAAAGGCAUGAGUGACGUUACCUCAGAGAUAGGAAGCGAGUCUUCCUACUUCAACGGACACUCGGUCUCCGUCGCUGGUUCUUCGUCUUCCGCUUCAACUCAUAUCCCUGACGACUGGCUCUUCCCGAUAUACCUCUCGCUCGAGGACCUCUAUACCUGCAAGACCCAUCGGUUUAGAAUCAAUAGGCACCUAUUGACUGGACAAACGAAAGAAGUAUUUGUCGAUGUGAGCGUGCAGCCUAAUUGGCGCGACGGAACGCAGCUGCGAUGCAAAGGCCUUGGAAAUGAACGUGAGGGGCUCCCUCCUCAGGAUGUUAUCUUUAUCGUCAAAGAAAAACUGCAUCCCAGGUUCCUGCGAGAUCCCGUUGGAUACGAUAUCUACGCCCGGCUCGAGAUCAGCCUUGUGAUUGCGCUUGGUGGAGGGUCCACUAACGACGAAGCCCUCCUGAUCAAGGGCGUUGAUGGCCGUGAGAUUGUGGUCGAGGUUCCACCACCUGUCGUGAGGCACGGGUCCAUGACACGUAUUAAAGGGGCUGGCAUGCCAAAACACAAGACCAAAGACGGAAGCGUGCCUCUGCGAGGAGACUUGAUCCUCGAGUGGUGCGUUCUUCCUCCCGACAAGCCUCUCAGCGAAGACGCGAUGGCUGAAUUGAGAGAAGCGCUGGGUGAUCAAUGGCUGAGAGACGAAGAGGAGUAA